UCUUCAGAUUUGGUGCAGUUCAUAUCAUGGCCAGCGCUCUCGCAAAGGCUGGCCGCAAGCUGGGGCGCGUAGGAAAGGAUGCCAUCAAAUAUCGUUAUACAUCUGCAUUCGAAUCAAUCGACAUGAUAUGCUUGAAAGGAUGGCGCCCGACCUCUCUGACUGUCCGCUGGUCGCGUGGGCAGAGAGCUGUGAGCAGCAGUCCGGCUCGCAUAUCGGAGGGAAGCGAGAGCGGCCAGUUUCAUGCUGUGUGGGAUCCUCCCGACGAGCAAGAGUUGCUAGUGACUUUGUAUAAGGAAACGAAGGGAGAAGGAUUCGAUGAGAAAGAGUAUAAGUUUCAAGUUGAAGAUGAGUCUGGACACGGGAAGAAAAAGGUGUUGGCAGUGUUUUACAUUAACAUGGCAGAGCACAUCAGUAGAGAGGCCGAAUCAGAGGAAGAAUUGAGUCUGGAGUUCAAGUGUAAUUCUGUGAAGGUCCAGUCAGUUGUUGUUGUAGCAAAGAUAUGGUGUCAGUUUCUCAAACAGGGAAAAUCAUAUGAUGACGACAUGAUGAGCACAUUUAGUUCUAUUGACAAUGCUCGCGAUUUUGACGACGACGACGACACAGAGACUACAAUGAGUGUUAAUAAUGUACAAUCAAGGCAAUCGCUGAUAUUGGAUUCGAGUCAUAAUCCUGAUCAGCAGGGGACGAAUGUUGCCUCACUUAGUGAAGUAGAACAGGAUAACAAGGAAUCCCAGAGAAAGGAUGGUCAACAUUCAACAACACUUUUGGCCACAGCAUCUUUAGCUUCUACGUCUUCAGUGCAAUCCUCUGUAUCAUCUCCACCUCCUCCUGCAACACAGCCGUCAACCAACGGCACGGUAUCUCCUAAACGAGAUCUCCAAUCAGACAUAGCUGACUUCUUCUUAGCAGCACACUUUCGAGACUCUGAAGGAAAACUCAUUUCACAAUCUGAUCAGUUAAAUUUCCGUGAAUAUUCUGUUUUAGGGCUUCUAUUCUCUUCUCGGGAACACAAAACAAACAAUUUUAUUGAAACUUUGUUAAAAUUCUACAAAAUACUGCGAGAUAACGCUGGAAGCUUUGAGGUUGUAUUUAUAUCAAGCGACAAGUCUGCUACAGACAUGAUGGAGUUUGUGAAAGAACAGAAGAUGCCGUGGCUCAGCUUGGAUUACGAAGACGAUAUGUGUGACAGAUUGCAUAGGCAAUACAAUGUUGAAGGAGGACUUCGGUUUGUUGUCAUUGACUCUGCAGGCACUUUGCUUGAACGCGAUGGGCUACAUGUGAUUUCAACUGCCGUAACGAAUCAAUCGGAAUGGAAAACGUUUCAGCAGUGGCAUGCUGCCGCAUCGCUACCAUUUGCAUUGAUCAGUCAAUCACCUUCGUACAGGAAAGAGGCACAGAAGACAAGUCAUACAGUUGAGAAGGCUCAUUCUGCUUCGGCUUCGGCUUCGUUGUCGAGUCUGGCAACAAAAAGCUCUGACAGUAUUUCACACGUGGACAAGUCUCAGUCUCAACAGGAGCAAGAGGGUCACUCUGGCAAACAGACUGUUUUAGGGGCUGUGAAGAGUAUUCUAAAAGGAAAGAAGGACAAGAAGAAAGAUCGCACAAAGUCACCUGUUGAUAAAUCAUCUUCGGUGUCUGAAAUGUCUUUUGAUGAAGAAGUAGAGUCAAUGCCUGUGACAAAACACAACGAGCAGCAAGGAAAAGAACACAAGGAAGAGAAGGAACAAAAGAAGAAGGAAAAGGAACAUCGAGAGAAAGAGAGCAAGGAACGCAUGAAGAAGAAAGAUGAUCGUAUUAGGCAAUUAGAAACCGAGAAUGCUGCAUUGAAAGAUCAAGUGGCCGAGCUUCGUGAAAACAUCGAAGAGCUACAGCAGAAAGUCGAACAGCUUGCAAACAAACUAAACCAGUCUGAAGCGUCCAAAGCAAAGUUGAACAGCGAGAAAGAGCUAACAGAGGCACGUCUCGUUCUAAACGGAUGGUUACUAAAACGAGGUAUCAAAGGUCCGACUGCUCGCGUAUGGAGGAGCCGCUGGUUCACUUUGGACGAACAAAGUAGUCGUCUCUAUUACCACAAGGAUAUCAAUCAAACGGAGUCUCAAGGUUUCAUCGAUUUGGAUAUGGUGGAAGGAGUCGAGGAGCAGUCUCCCGAUCUGCAGGACAAGAACAAUGCGUCGUUUAAUGUCAUCGUGAAGGGUCGUAUAUAUGAACUAAUGGCACAUGACGAGAAGAGUAUGAGACGGUGGAUUCAGGCGCUCGAAACGAUUUGGAAUUGGAGGAAGUCGCAGCACUAGAGUCACACACGACGUUUCUAAACGACCGUACAUUUUCUAGCCACUUUCGUAUGUUUGUAUAUGCUCGCGCGUAGCCAGGGAGAUUGACAU